GCAGGCGCUGCGGCUCGGGGGCGGGACCGGGAAGUUCCGGGCAGAGUUCCCCGUGCCACGAGUCCUGUCGGGUGCGGACGGGACCUCGGGACAUGGCGGCGCCCGGCCCAGCGCUCUGCCUCUUCGACGUGGACGGGACCCUAACGGCCCCGCGGCAGAAAAUUACCAAAGAAAUGGAUGGCUUUCUACAAAAACUGAGGCGGAGGAUCAAAAUCGGAGUAGUAGGCGGGUCGGACUUUGAGAAAGUACAGGAGCAACUGGGACAUGAUGUGAUUGAAAAAUACGAUUAUGUGUUUCCAGAAAAUGGCUUGGUAGCAUACAAAGAUGGAAAAUUCUUGUGUAAGCAGAAUAUUCAGGGUUACCUGGGCGAGGCCCUCAUCCAAGACUUAAUCAACUACUGUCUGAGCUACAUUGCGAAAAUUAAACUCCCGAAGAAGAGGGGCACCUUUAUCGAAUUCCGGAAUGGGAUGUUGAACGUGUCCCCCGUCGGAAGAAGCUGCAGCCAGGAAGAACGCAUUGAGUUCUAUGAACUUGAUAAAAAGGAAAAUAUAAGAAAGAAAUUUGUGGCGGAUCUGCAGAAAGAGUUUGCAGGAAAAGGCCUCACGUUUUCCAUAGGAGGCCAGAUCAGCUUUGAUGUCUUUCCUGAUGGAUGGGACAAGCGGUAUUGCCUGGGACAUGUGGAAAAUGACGGCUUUAAGACCAUUUAUUUCUUUGGAGACAAGACCAUGCCAGGCGGCAACGACCACGAGAUCUUCACGGACCCGAGGACCGUGGGCUACACCGUGGCGGCACCCGAGGACACGCGCAGGAUCUGUGAAGAGCUCUUCUCGUGACACCCCUUCCCUGUGGGAGGGGAGCAAACCUCCUGCCAGGCCUGGAGGGGUCCCCGCUGGCCAGACCCGAGCUCCCUCCCUCCACACCCGAUGCCUCCCUGUCUGCUCGGCAGGGAAGGGGUCCUCCGGCCCCCACUCCAGUGCCAGGAGCAGCCGAGGGAGAGUGGCUCAGAGGGGUGCCUCCAGCAGGAGAGUCUCAGACGCCCGUGGUGUAGGGUCACAGCAACGUGUUUUUGGAAACUUCCCCGCCAUUCUAGAAUGGCACAGAAAGAACAGAUGUGCCCGGACCUUCCCUCUUCAUGAAAAACUAACAUGUGGACCUGUGUCAAAACUGAAUGUGGGGUUUGGUGACUAGGACAGGACAUGUACACCAAUCCAACCCAGGACAGAGGUUUUCAAAACACGUCCUGAAAUGAGGCUCCUGCCCGAGCGUCGGCUGGUGGGGGCUCGGGAACCGCGGGCACUGUGGCCAGGCCGUGUUAAGCUCGGACCACAUGCACGCUGUUCUAACCUGUAUUCCAGCCUCACUUCCCGUCCGUGAGUCGCAGACGUCACUAUGGCCCGCGGACAGAUGGCUGGCCGGUGACACCUGACCCCCCGGAGUCUGCACCUCUGCCGGCCUGUACGGUUGGCUCUGCUCACUACAGCCCAGCUGCUUCUCUGACCAUCGAGAUGGGAGCAAAGAGGAACCGCAGUCCCUGCGGAGAAUCAGCAGACGGCCCUUACCUGGCUGCUGGGUCGCCGCCCAGGCUCAGAGACAGGGCGUCACUGUGCCGGAGGAACCUUCUCACCGGGCCUGGCCAGGCUUCCCCAGGCCGCCCUCAGGACUGUCAGGGAUCAGGACGGAGCCCGGAUGAUUGACGGGCCAGGAGCUACAGCGUCUCUGCAGACCUUGUAAUGAAUAAAGGCGUCCACACAGGCCCUCGCCCCAGCUGGCCUGAGGGGUAGGGGCAGCCGGGAUUGGGACCGUGACCCUCCUUCCCGUCCUUGUUCUGCCGGUUCCUUGUGAAACUGGACGGCACCUCCAGGCCCUCGCCUGAACAUGGCAGAGAAGCUCUCCAAGCAGACGGCUCACAGGUCCCUUCUCAGGGUCUGUACGUGGUGAGCAGCUGGGCUCCGUGCUCUGCGGCGCAGCCUUCUGCCCCACCAGGUGCCUUCAGCAGAGGGAGCCGGCUCCUUCCGAACCUGCCUCCCACGGGCCUCCCGGGCUGCUCUCAGCUCUGCUCAGGCUGGGGAGGCUGCCCCUCUCCCGCCCCCACCACACAGGCCGGACCUUCCUCAGUGGUCCCCAGGACACAGCCAUCCAGCGGCAUCUUUCCAUCUUGAAUUUUACAAAUGACAAUGUAAUAACCGUUCAGAAUGGAAAAUAGCAAAUAAAGUGAUUUUACUGUU